AUGUCAAAACCCGUUUCCAGUGAACAAAGCUUGAAUUACAAGUGGGAUGUAUGCCUUUCCAACAUGGUUGUCCAAUCCACUGUAGGUAUCGGCAUUGGUAUUAUUAGUUCUGCCAUUAUGUUUCGUCGUGCUGCAUGGCCUGUUUGGGGAGGUUUGGGCUUUGGUCUUGGUAAAGCCUAUGCUGAUUGCAAUGCAAAGCUCAAAACAUUUCCUGCCGUUCAUCAAGAGCUACAAACUGUUACGAAUGAAGAGAAAAAGUAA